AUGUUUAUUGUAGAGACACUUCAUUGGCCUAAAAAGGAACUUUCAAGAAAAUCCAUCUUAAAUGUUGAAAAGGGGCUAACACGAGAGAAGAUCAAAGAUGUGCAGGUUCUGUCUAUGACUGUCUUGCGAGAUACAUUCACAACUGGAACCAGCAGCUAUAACGUCCUUCUUCAAAGUCAAGAAGAAAAGAAACAGAUUCAAAAAGAUCCACUCCUAAGCCACAACAAAAAAAGGAGGAAAGGGAGCAGAGUGUUGAGUACAUCACGCAACAAGGAGUUCCACAAAGUCUGUCCUUCUUCACAAAACAAUGCCUGGUUAUAUGCCAGGAGGAACAUGUCAAAUUUUAUCUCCAGAUCAAGAGCAGUCACCCAUAAAUGUUCUCCAAGUAUUACUGUGUCAGGAAACAGCAUUGGGUUUACUCAUCGCCCUAAACCCAAAGCCAAGAGAAAGCAAGUCUUAACUACCGGAAAGGACUCCCGGGUGUCAAAACCCCUUGUGAAGGAAGACCCUCCAGGAAGGAAGUUUUGUAUUUUAAAUGCUAUAAAGCCUACAAAUGUUGACAAGGAAAAAAUCAAGUUUUUCAAGGCAGCAUUUACUUACAACCCUCAAUUUGAGUAUGCCAAUCCUGCACUGCCAAAUGUGUUAGCUAGACACAGCCAUGCCUCAGACAGAUUCCUUAAACAGGCAGUUAAUAUCAUGAAGAAAGCACUGGAAAAAUACGGCAGCUAUGAAAAAUUUGAGCAAGCUACUGGAGGCAGUCUGCUUCCAAAGAGCCGAAUAUGGCACCAGGUUCGAAAAUACAUGGAAAAAGAAGGUUGCUUGGGUGAAAUUGUAGUUCACCUUACAGAGGAUUUACUUUCACGAGCUUCCAUGACAGUUGUCAAUGGACGUCCAACAUUGACUAUCAACAUUUCUACUGCACGAGAACAGUGGCUUGAAGGGAUGCUCAGACAUGAAAUAGGCACCCAUUAUUUUCGAGGGAUGAACAAUAAUCAGCAACCUUGGAAUAACGUCAGUGGUCGGAAGAAGUAUGGAUUAAAGCCAGUCAACCCAACAGAAGAAGGUCUUGCAAGCAUACACAGUGUCUUAUUUCGCAAGGAUCCCUUCCUGUGGAGGGCUGCUUUUCUAUAUUACACUGUGUACCAAGCCAGCCACAUGUCUUUCAGUGAGUUGUUCCAGGAUGUGGGGCAGUUUGUCAAAGAUCCAAACACUCGCUGGGAUUACUGUGUACGGGCAAAGAGGGGCUGUACUGACACAUCACAACCAGGCUGUUUUAGCAAAGAUCAAGUAUAUCUUGAUGGGAUUCUUCGAAUACUAAGGCACAGAGAAACCAUAGAUUUCCACUUGUUAACAUCCAUGGGAAAGGUUUCAUAUGAAGAUGUAGAUCGCUUAAAAGAACUCGCAGUUCUGCACAAUGCCAGGAUUCCGCAGUUUCUCCAGGAUAGAGGUCGAUAUAUGGAGUAUUUGGAGAAGAUCAUGGAGGUGAAUGAAUUGACAGAUGAAGAACUGAAAAUGCUUAUUGCUUGA